AAGUUCCUUUCUUGUAGUUUCUAGGUUGAACUGAGUACUAAACUGAAGCGCGAACUGCCGCCUUCCGGAGUAAGGAGCAAGAUGAGCAGCCGGCGGGGUCCGCCGAAGCACCAAAACCGCUACGCCUGGAAGUCAAACUCCGGCAAAAAGAUCAACGAGACGGAAGUAGGAGGAAAGUUCAAGCCGUACUCGGAGAUCACCGGAGUCUGCCAUCGCUGCAGAGAACAGAUCGACUGGAAGCGCCGUUACGGAAAAUACAAGCCCCUCACCGAGCCUGCCAAAUGUCAGCAAUGCUCGAAGCGUAAUGUUCGUCAGGCUUAUCACAAUCUAUGUUCUGGCUGUGCUAAGGAACAAAAUGUAUGUGCAAAGUGUCGUUGUUGUGUGGAUCAGAUAAUUGGAAGGGACUCUGCUGAAGUAGAGGCUGAGCAGAAAAUGCUUGAGGAGGCAAUCAAAAAUGCUCGAGAGAGGGACAGGAGAACUUUGUUAAGAGCUAUGAACAAAGAUAAAUCUAAAAGUUCAGGAAAAGUCACAACCAACAAAGAGAAUGGUCGGGUGGGUGAGUUGUUCCCUGAGACAUCCCUUGAAGAAUAUGCUAAGCAAAAUAUAAAAGAACAUCAUGUCAAUCAUGAUGACGAAAAUGAUGAUCAUUGUGAUGACAAUUAUGAUCGUGAUUAUGAUAGUGAAGCAACCUAUAAUGAAGAUCUUGAGGAUGGUGAAAAUAAUGAAGAUGAACAAAUUUUGAACUAAGAUGGAUGGGAUAUAAUAUAAUAUUAUAUUCUAAGGGAUAACAGAGUCUCUUUUUUGCGGCAAUGAAGAUGAUGAUCGUUUCAGUUCAGUCCAAGCCUAAUGCAAUGAACUCUUGCUUCCUCUCGUUAAUUAUACUUGGGGAAGAGAUCUAGGAGUCUAGAUCACCAUCACAAACUCCUUUUUUCUAAGUUUUCUUUCCUGGAUCUACUUGUAAUCCUCCAUCUCUCACAUAAAUUGAGUACGUCCGGGUCAUGUGAUUCGCCUCUUUUGUUUCAAGAAGUUUCAAUUCACUUAUUUUUGUCAGAUUUUUUAUUUCUGAAAAACAGCCUUCCUGUAACCUUGCUGGUGACAGUUCUCUCUUGCUGUUACUGAUUAUAAAUGUUAAAUUCCCUC